GUUGUUUCCUUUCUCAGUAACCUGGGUCUAUUUAUGUUGUGGACUUCCUCCUUUUCUUCUUUACAGAGCAGGGUCACUUAUUAGAUGUUUCAGAUACGUUUCUAUGUCUUUUAAUAUCCAACAUUUCAAAACAAAAUGACAUUAGAAUUGGUGAGCUUUCAAUGUUACAGCUUUUCUUCAGCUGCUCUUUUAGCAUUUAAUGGAUGAAGACAAAUAUGGAUGUAUUUCAUAAAUUAUGUAAACAAAUAUUUAUCUAUCUAUGAAAUAUCAGCAGAACCUGGAUGAAGCUCAUGCUGCUGACCACAAACAGAAACAAGACAAACAGAGUUCACUGCUGCUAUAUUUUUUUACUGUUAGCAAGUUAACUGUUAGCAUGUUAAAGUCUUCUUCAACCUGAGCCAAUCACAUCACUGGAAAUGUGGAGGCAAAUUUCUGCAAAGAAACAGCAAGAGUGAAGCUUGUGAAGGUGACCGCCAACCUCUACAGAUCUGCUUGUAGGCUGCAGCUGCUUGUGCAGCCCUGAAUUGGAUAAAUGGUUAACAAAAUCGAUGGAUGUAUAGAUAGAAAUGCUAUUAGCACCUGUAGCAGCAGGUGGGACAGAUGAUAGGGUAGCAUGAUGAACUGUAGCUUGGAACAUGAUAACUACAGCCUGCGACACAGUAAAGUAAGCCCCGCCCUCACCAACCACACAGUGGUUGGUAAGCCCCGCCCUCACCAACCACACAGUGGUUGGGUUGGUGUUAAACUGGAAAGAUUAACACGAUUUAAAAUAACUGAGCUAGAUAUGAAAAAGCUGGCACCCUGAAAAAAAAAAAAAAGUCCAAAGGUGACGUAGAAACUUUAACUGUCAGGUUAAGUAUUAUUUCCCAUAUGACGAGGGCGGGGAGUUCAGCCAGUGAAACACUUCAUGUGUUAAACUUGUUAAAGGGGAAGUGAUGAAGCUGAAGGCGUCUCGCUGCUGCUCAGACUGAUGUUCACUCGUCAUCCAGACACGAUGAAGACUCCGUGUGUCUCUCUGCUCCUCGGUGUGUGUGUGCUGCUGCUGUCUGCACCGACUGUUUCUGCAGUGUCUCUGUCUGUCAGUCCAAACCUUCAGCAGUUCUUCAGAGGAUCUUCUUCAGUGUAUCUGAGUUGUGUUGAUGAUGGACAGACAGCUGAUGGAUGGACAGUGAAGAGGACCAGAGGAGGACGCACUGAGGACUGUGGAGCAGCUGGUUCAGAGUUUAUGAGGAUUAACAGUUCCUUCUGUGCUCUCGGUCUCUCCACUGGUGGAAAUUUCCUGUGUGUAAGCUCAUCUGGACAGCAGAGUGAUGAAGUCUCCAUCAGUGUCUCAGAAGGAGGUGUGAUCCUGGAGAUUCCUGCACUUCCUGUCAUGACAGGAAGUGAUGUCACUUUGUACUGUACACCCAAAGAGGGAGAAAGACGAAAAUCUUACUUCAUCAGAGAUAAUGUUACACUUGGAUCUGGACCUGAAGGAAAGUGGAAUCUCUCUAAAGUCCAGCGGUCUGAUGAAGGUCUCUACUCGUGUCAUACUGAUAUUCAUCCACGUUCUCCUCAGAGCAGACUGAGGGUCAGAGAUCUCUCUCCUGUAGAUUCUCCUCCCACCACAACCUCUCCUCUUCUUCUCACUACUUUCCCUCCCUCCUCUUCCUCUCCACACUCUUCCUCCUCCCUUCUGCUUUAUCUCCUGGUCCUCCCUGUAGUCCUGGUCCUGGUCCUGGUUGGAGGUGUGGUUCUGUGGAGGAAACAGAGAGGAGGUCGGGGAGCAGACCUGUGGAGCUGUGGAGGUGACGGCUGUCUGAGACGGAGCGUCUGCCUCUGCUGCCUGUUUCUGCUGACUGCUGCAGGUGUGUGUGUGCUGCUGCUGUCUGCUCUGACCGUUUCUGCAGCUUCUCCUCCUCCCUGUGAGUCUGUGCUCAGACUCUUCUGCCAUCUAGUGGUCUUCUGUCCGUACUGCAUCUCCACUGGUCUGCUGCUGUCCAUCUGCUGCAGCAGGAACACACCGAACAAACCGGCUGUCUCCAUGGAGAUGAGCCAGCGUGAUGGAGGAGGUCAGGGACUGGCUGAAGAUGGUGAUGAUGUCACUGCUGAUGUCACCACUGAGCAUGCCUUCUGAGCUGCAGACUGUGUGUCAGGGUACCAGCAUCUGCAGUAUUUCUGUAUCUUGAUUCUUCUUUUGCUGUAUUGGAGAAAAGUUCUAGUGUUUACUGUCAGUGUGGAUUAGUUAGGUUUGAGUUUAUCGCUGUGCCUCCUGUACAUUCUCUCCAGUCCAUCACGUGCGUCUCCUCCUGUUGUCUUCCAAGUUCGUCUAGUUCUUCUCUCCUGUGUCAUGUUGUGUGAAUUAGUGUUUCCUGUUUUACUUUGACAGUGUCACGUCCUGUGUUCAGUGUAUGUAGCUUUGCUUCCUGUGUGUCGUCAGGUCCACUCUCCCUAAUUACCCAUGUGUGCUUAUAUUGUGUCUGUUUUCCUCUGUGUCUCUCAUGUCAUGUUCCAGUUUUCCUUGUUUUUUGCUUUAGUUUUCCCAGUUUAGUCAGUGAGUCUAGUCUUGGUUUCUAAUUUUAUGUAUGUCAACAUUUCCAGCCUCAAUAAAUGACUCUUUCUGUUCAACCUCAUUCUCGGCUCAGUUGUCUACAUUUGGCUCCUCCUCUUCUCUCCACAUGAUCUGUCGUUGCAGAUCGUGACACUGUGGAGCUCUGAUGUGUUUUUAAAGUGUUUUUAUCAGUCAGUAAGUUUACCUCAGCGUACGAGGUGAAAAACUAACUUCAUCGUCUUUAAAUUUGUUACUGAGGUCUGGACGAUGAAGAUAAACCUGUAAACUCUCCCACUGAUACUU